AGGAAGAAUGGCGGCGCUGCUAAAUAAGGGUCAUUAGCUAGGAUUUUGCCGGGCUAUCACUGGGAUUUUCGUCCUUUUUUCCCUUCCGCCGCCGGCCGCCGCCGCGCGACAUGAGGAAUAGCGUAGAGCUUUUUUUUGGCGUCAACUCCCACUCCCACGCUGAAUUACCAGGGUCCCCCCAGGGAAGAGUUUGAGGGGAGUUGGGCCUCCUAAUUCCUCUUCCCCUUCCCCUCUUAAUUCCCUUGUCCAUGAGACAAUCAAAGGAAGUUAAUUCCCAUGGACCUUAAACUCCCAUUCCCCACAUCCAAAUCCCCUCAAACAAACACGUUGCUAGCCUUUUCCCCUCGGAUCAGCCGCCGCCACCUCGAAAUCCGCACCGCCAGCCACAUCCAGCCACCUCCCCCUCGUUUUCUGGCCCAGCCACCACCGUCUCAUCACUUGGUGCUCAGCCACUGGCCGAGCCGCCACCUGCGUGCCGCUCCAGCCAACCAGAGCCCUCCACCUGUCCCCGCCACGUCUCCCCACUCCUCCCCGCCGCCGCAGGCCCGCGCCAGGCCCGCCCGGGCCCCGAUCUGGGCCCGAGGCGCCCGCACUGCGCCGCCGCCUCACCCUGGAUCGGGAGGAGCCCGGAUCCCGCAGCUCGUCCCGCUGCCUCCUCCCGCCGGCGACCCAGACCCCACCGCUGGACUCCGCCGGCGCCUCCUCGGUCGUCCCUCGUCACCGCCCUCGCCGGAGAUGAGUCCUGGAACUACCACCGCCCGUGGAGUCGCCCAGGCCGCGUUCUUCGCCCGAUCCGGUGGGGGUCCGCCAGAUCUGGAGUACCUCGGCCUAUUCCCGGCCUUCCCGCUCAGAUCCGUCGCCGGAGUCCGAGUCUCUGCCGCUCGCCGGUGACGUGCAUGGCGCCGCCGCGCUUUUGCUCGAUCCGCAUACGUUGACCUGUGUGGUCGACCGCGUGGCCCUCCAGCCAUCCCGCGCCAAGGCCCAGCGCCAUCCUCCAUGCACUCCGCGUCCCAGCCCCGCGUCCGGCCCAUCUAUAGCAAGGCCCAGUUCGCCCCGGCCAAGUGGCCACGCUGGUGAGCAGCCGCUUGCAAAGCCUCGCCCCUGGGCGCUGUGUAAUAUGUUGCGCCCACUGUUUCGGCCCAUGUUUUUUUUCCUGAACGAAUUUGUCUAAUUAUCCAGUGCACUGCAUAUUUACAGAAAAGUCCCUAGAGUUCAUGCAUAUAGUAACUC